AUGUUUUCUGUACUUAUCGUAGCUUUUUGUGCUCUUACAUUUGUGGCCUGUGGAUUGCUUAACUCGAUUGCUGAGGACCUAAUGACGCUCUACUUGGCUGAAGGACCUUCGAGUGAGCCACAGGAUUUAUACUUUAUAGCUGAGGAACCUGUUGUUCCUGAAAUUGUUGUUGACCAGAUGAACUUUUGGACGCCAGGCAGGGCCGCCGCCAUCACUUGUAUGGGUGUGGCUUUGUUGGCUGGCCUGGCGGUGGCUGCUUACCGCAAAUACCGAAGACAAGGAAAGUAUAUUCACGAUCUAGAAGAAGAACUGGAAAUGCGACAAACUGAAGUGGCCAGACUGAGAGAUCGUCUGGAAACUCAACAGGAUGGAAACUUGAAGACGGACAUGACCCAAGACGUUCAAUCUUUGGAACUCCAACGAGGAAGUCUGGACGCUGAUAUAAUGAUGCUGGAAGAGAAUCUGGAAAAGAGUAAGCUCCGGGAAACUAAAAUGGAACGUGUCUUGAACGAAGCUAAGGAGCAGAUCGAGUCUCUGCAGAAUCAAAUCGCAGAGAAAGAUCUUUUGAUUGAACGGACCGCAUUGCAUAAAACAGAAAUGGAACGUCGUCUGGAAGAAGAGGAGAAAGCGAGAGACUGUGACAUCCAGAUUUUGGAAAAAAAGUUGAAUCUUUUCCAAGAGAGGAUGGAAAGCGCCAAAAAGGAGGAAACUGAGCUCGCCUCCAGAUUACAGGAAGCUGAAGCCACCAACCGAGUGUUGGCUUCAGCGAAUGAAUGCUUCAAGAGGGCAAAUGACCAACUGAGAGAAGCUCUGGAAGAGAAAGAGAAGGAGGUCGACCAUCUGGACAUUUUAAAAGAAGCUUCUGCACACGUAAUAGUCGGUCUACAACAGAGGAAUGGCGAUCUCGAGGAGGAAAUUAAAAAGAAUAAGGACGAAAAGGAGAAGACCAGACUUUUGAACGACGAAGUUCAGCAGAUAAGGAACUGGGUUGCUGAACUUGGAGGUAAAAACGCCAUACUGGAGGAGGAAUUGGCCAAGAAAGAAAUAAAAAUAAAUUUACUAAGGAAUUCGCUAGAAAAUGCAGAAGGAGAGAAUAGUAUUUUGAAAAAAGAAGUUCAGCAUAUGAGAGAAUGGGUAGCUGAACUGGGCGGUCAAAAUGCUAAGAAGGAUGAGGAAUUGGCCAGUCAUGAACAAGAAAUGAAUUCACUGAAGGAUUCUUUAGGGAAUGAAAAGGAGAGGAACAGAAGUUUGAUUGAACAAGUUCAGCACAUGAGAAAUUGUGAAGCUGAACUAGGAGGUAAAAAGGCCAAGUUGGAAGAAGAGUUACUCAAUAAAGAACAAGAAAUAAAUUCACUGAAGAAUUCUUUAGAAAAUGGCGAACAGACCAACAGAAUUCUGAGAGAAGAAGCUCAGCUGAUGAGAAAAUGGGCAGCCGAAGUUGAUAGUGAAAAGGCUGAAGUAAAGAAAGAGUUAGCUGAGAUGGACCAGGAAAUAACUCUUUUGAAGAAUUGUUUGGAAAAGGAAGAAGAGACAAACAGAAUUCUGAAUGAGGAAUUGGAGCAGAUGAAGUCGAGACUGGCUGAAUUGGAAGGUACGAAUCUAGAUAUUAAGGGUGAAAUGACCCAAAAAGAUGAAGUGAUAAAGUCCAUGGCGAAUGCUCUAGAAAGUGAAAAGGAGAGAAAUAAGGAGUUAAGGAAAAAGUUGCUGAAGCAAGUUGAAAGACUUGAUCGCAUCGUAGCAUUCACCCGAACCAUGGAUGAAUAA